ACGCCGGUGUGGUUCAUCCUGGUGGCGAUCGCCAUUCCGUGUCAGGCGUACCUGGACGACCGGGUGCUCCUUGACCAGCACUGGACGGGAUUCAGUCCCACGGUCGACGGCGCGGGGCGAGAAGACUUCAAGGCGUCCGUGCAGGAUCGCCGACACGCACUCGCACAACAAAUCGUACAACGAACCCGACAAACGCUCAGCAGGCCGAGACCUGCGCAGGUCCGAGGCCAAACCGCUGAUGGUGCGGCACACGCACUCGACCCGAGUAAGGGACGGGGAGAUCCUUCACUUUCGCAGCGACAGCGCGAGAAAGCCUGAUAUUGCGGAGCGAAGCGUCCGCCGCAUUUUAUCGAAUCUCGAAAGGGUAGGCAAACGAGAAAGGCUCGAUGAAGCAACAGUGCGUAUGAGCCGCACGGAGAGAGACACCCCGAGAAUGUUGGAUGUGCGCAGGCAAGAACGUGAGACAAGGCGUACGCAUUCUUCCACAAAUGGCAAGGGCUCUUACAGGACGGAGGACGAGCGGCGAAGACAUACUGCAGACGUGCCAACGUGGGUGAAGAAGACUCGAGAAGAAGGGUGAGGCCUACCGAUCGCGAUAUACUUAGUUCGACCUUACCGAGAAAAGAUUAGUCGCACGAUGCACUACGACGAUGGCGCAUCUGUCAUUCGUCAAAACGCAGUAUCAGCGGAACGCAUCGAACGUCAGACAGCGAUUGAUCGGCGGGCGUCGAGCUUCGAAACCGGUAUCAAGGCUCACUGAACCUAGAGCUCAAGGCCGCGAGUUAGUCACAAGGUUUAGAGCCAGUCGCAGGGAAGAGGAGGUCAACCAUGCAUCAAGGGUUGGCGCUGUGCGUGAAGACUCAAGACGCCAAGUAAAUGAUCAAGUUAGCCGCAACCACCGCACUCGAGACGCCACGUACCAAAGCCGCCAGAUCAUGAACCAACGUAACGAUCGACAUGAUAUUGCGAAGAAAGCAUCUUUCAUAUUAAAAACCCAGUCUUCCAGAAACAUAUUUACACAGCAUCAUAAAAUGGCUCAACAGAGACGCAGAAUGACACUGCCACUACAAAUAAACUCUGAAAGGGUCAGGGUAGACAGUCGCACUCGCAAUGAAAGGAUAGUAAGUAAAUUAUCUGGGCUUCCCAUGCAUGAGCAUAAUGUCCUCUAGAACGACAUCAACUGUACAAACACACAAUAACAGAGAAGGAAGAGACCAGGCCCAAAGCAGUGCGGCGUGAUAAACUUACUGAAAGAACAAGUGGAUCUAUUCCAUCUCUACAUGACAUCAAUCAUCGUCAAGUAAGACAUACUGGCAUAAACAAACAAAAUGGUAUCAGAGCUUCGAAUGAGCGCACAUCAGUUCACAUUGUAGCUGAACGCACAGUGCCAAACCUGUCAGAUAAACACCAACAAAGGCGCAACCGUAGCUUUAGGCAACAUGACUCCAGGAUCAAUGUACGAUCAAUGGACAACAGUGAAAAACGUAACAGUUACAUUCUGAACAAAAGGCAUUCAGAACAGCAAAUGAGAGCGCGAAGUGUCAGUGCAGUUCGCAGGCAGCUGGGUGUUGAUAAUGCAAGGUCCGACUGGAUCAACACAAGGCAGACAUCACUUCAAGUGUACCGCACCAGGCUGCCAAGCGCGUAAUGACAACGAGGUUCCUAUGCCAGUGGGCUUUCCGGCAAGUUUGCCUAAGCGAAGCGUUAAUGAAAUGGUCUUGGAGCAAAGCAUCACUGCAGAAAGGAGGACAAGGACACCUGCAAGUGGCACGCAUUUUAAGUAUGCAGAGCGUGUGGAGAGGUGCCAAAAAUAUCAUCACGACAGCAGCGAUGAUCAAAUACGCUCUGUUGAAUCUCUUCGUAAAAGAGCUGCAGUGGAAACAAGACGGACCUCAGAUGAAGACUGGCUAGGAUUUGCAAGAAUGCGGAAUGCUAGACAUGUUCGUGAGAACAUCAAUUAUGAGAGAUCACAAAGGUCUGCAAGUGUGCACAGCUGUCUAAAGAUGAGCACAAAUGAGACCAUUUCUGUCACAACGAGGUCAACACAAAACAGCAGGGAAGCAGGUGAUAUUUACCAAAACAGUCCAGAAUAUGCGCGGUCAUCUCGCACCAGAACCGAGCGAUACAGUUUUGAACAAAGGCAAAUUAACAAGAGGGACACUCAUCAUGCUGUAUCCAAUAGUCGCCAUGACGCGACUACCACACGAAAUCUCCUAAAAACAGCUCCCCAUUCACCAAGAAGAAUGUUCCAGACUGUUCAUCAGGCAGACUUUAGUGAAUGGGAAGAACUGAAGUACCGUGAAAAACAUCAGGAAAGCCCACUAUUUUGGAAUGAGCUUGCCUCAAGCUAUUUCAGGACAAGUGGCAAUCUGCUUGAGACAGUCCUGACCGUUGGCGUGGUGGCGUGGAUGACCAUGUCGCCAAAAAGGAAGCUCAUCAAUUGAUCAAGUCAAACAUAUCUACAUUCCUCACAAGCCUUUGGGAUUCUCCUGUCACACUUCUUGCUUUUUCGUGACCCAACACCACAGAUUGCUUCUCCUAUAAUGAUUUGGUCGGCAAUGUUAAGCGUGGCUACGGAGCUAUAUGUGUAGCGAAAAAGAUGCAAAUUAUUUUUGACAACCAGUGGCAGCAGCAUUACAGCGGCCGUUUUAAAUAAGGCAUCUAGUACACAGUUGAAGUUGGGUUCUUACGUUCUAUGAAGUGCAGUAGCUGUGGUGUUCCUGCAUAUCUACAACAAUGUAACUGCUAAGUGCACGCUGUACAUGAUAUAAACAUGGCAUAUUAAACAAAGCUACUGCAUAGUUUUCAACAAGGCAUUGUGAUGCCCUCAUCUUAUUUCAUUCUUAUAAGAACAAGUAUACUGUAACCAACAAUCGCUAACAUUAACCGGCACCAAUAUUACACAAUCGGAGGCUGCUCACUCGUCACUUAAAAUCUGUGAUGGCUUUGUAAAUAACUAUUCCUUCAAAACUAAUUCAUUUUGAAGUUUUAUUAUAAUUCAAUGAUAGCAUCUGUCCUACUUAGCUUCACUAGUGCUUUUUUUUUCACACUUAACAGUGAAAACGUCUUUAGCUGAACCGAAGAACUGCUUCACAAUUUUAUUAUUGAGUUAAGGGGCCAUGACAUGACUACCACCAAAUUGCAGCUUACAGCAAGAAAUAACAGUAGAGGCUCUAUUGUGACUGUCCAUAUAUAAAAAUGGACCGUAAAAGAAUUAACUGCAAACUGCAGCAAAAGGGAGAGUUGGGUCAGUUGGUUUGCGUUCAAUAUGAAUGCGAACGGUAUAUGCGUUUCAAUGUGAACUGUAAAACAAUAUUUCAUUGCAAAAUGAGCCCUAGAAGUUGCCAGCUGUAAACCCCGUGCACAACGGGUGACCGUCAUUUUGCCAUGGUGUACGUGACGUCAUGUGCUUCAUGUAGUGGCACCGUCACCUUCUAUUUAAGUUUCAAACGCUGCAAGUCGUGCUAUUUUCAGAGCCAAACUUAAGAUAGCUGUAAUAGCUUGAUUGUACCUGUGACUGACCAUGAAACAAAAUCAUUGGCUAAAAUACACAUGCUUGCAAAGCAUUACGGCUCGCGAGUUUGCCAGUGUUGUUAGACUCUGAGGACGCUUGUGCAUUUAUGAAAAUGCUCAUUAUAAAUUAGGUUUCCCACCAAAUGUGCUGAAACUUAGCCAGCUUACUCGCAAACAAGUGAGGAUUAAGCCACAUAACCGAGAUCGUGAGCAAAAAUUGAGUGUCAUGGCCCCUUAAACAAUGCCCGCUUGCUCCUGUCGAACCAACAUUGGCCUAGCUUGCCAGCACAAAGUGCUCCACAUUUACACAAUGUACAUGGCCACACAAUAUGCAAAAUGUUAUGCUCCAGCAAUGGGCGCAGGGAAUGGGGGGAGGGGGUAAAGUCUGCCCCCUACACAUUGACUUAAUGGGGAGCGGCGGCACUGCGACGAACCUUUUCCCCCGUGACGGCGAAACCCUGCGCACGCUAUGAAUGUGCAUAUACCAUAUAGUAGAGUAUAAGCCCAAAGCUGCUACUACAGCCAAGUGCUCACAUAUGUGAGCCCUUCCUGCCUAUUCCCAUACAUUCCCUCGCCUUUGCUAGUUCCAGAACCUAAUAACAUAUGUGUGACGAAUGCAUCCCUCUCACUAUAUGGGUGUUGAGUAUUCCUCCAUGUACUCUCAAAUAACUGGGCAUAGACAAAUUCAACCUGCUUAGAACACCAUCCCCCCAUAUGCAAACACACUAAAACCUAUUGAUAGAAUUUCCUCGCUAAUUAUUACCACGUGAAAUGCCCUUGCAAUGCAGUCAGCCAAUACGAUUCCACUUUCUUUUCAUGCACAUAUGCUAAGUUACAUAGAAAAGGUGUACUCCAUUAAAUUACUUUUUGUACGAGUGUGCGAAGGCAUUGAAAUGCUAGCUUCUCAACAUCAUGCCUGGUUCAGGGACCAAAUCUUUAUUAUUAUGACUUUUAAUAUGUAAUGUUACUCACUUCUAAACAUAGCAAAAGAGAUGCAGUUUUUCAUAAAUUAUUAGGGAGAAAAUAUGGCAUUGUUACGAUGCCACAAUAUAAAAAAUAUUUUAAAAAAGUGAAGAAGUAAAAAUUUCACAUUAUAGAAGUAGAAUUGCCUAUGCAUCACUGAUUUACACUCUGUUAGUUCAUGCAUG